CACCAACCGAGAGGCCAGUGUUUAGCUUUUGACUCUUGCUUGGUUUGCUGCUGCUGUCGCAAAAAAAGAGAGAAGUUUUCACUUUAUUACCCCCUCACAGAUGAGGAUUGCUGCGACCUCCUCGUCCCGUUCCGUUACGCGCGUGUAACCGAUCCCGGACAGACGGGGACCGUCCUACACACCCACAGGCAAGAUGAAUCUACAGAGUCUGUUUCAGGACUUUAAUCCGAGCAAAUUUAUCGUACACUGCUGUUUGUUUACAUUCACGGUACUGUUUUGCCUGCGAUUGGACGACUACAUUGAUUGGCCGUACUGGGUGAUAUUCAUUCCACUAUGGGUGUGGAAAUCCAUCGCCACGCUCGGAGCGAUCGUCGGGGCCAUCGUUUGGUGCCGCUAUCCACAUUACAGGGUCGAAGGCGAUUCGUACGCGCACUUCAAAGCCAUGCUGAUAUCGCUGUCACUGCACCUCAUCCUGCUCAUGUUCGAACUUCUGGCCUGUGAUCGGCUAACAUCCGGACGGCACCUGUGGGUGCUGGUGUUUAUCCCGCUGAUCUUCGGCAGCGUGGCCAGCGUCGGCGCUUGCGUUUGGGCCGUCAAACACGACCGGUCGUUUGAGCUCGAGCUGUUCUGCGCCGUCAACGCGCUCCAGUUUGUGUUUCUUCCGCUCAAGCUGGACGGAUUCGUGUCGUGGAGCUGGGAAGUGGUGUUCGUUCCUUUGUGGAUAGUGCUGUGCCUGAGCCUGGUGGCCGUACUGUACAGCAUCAUCUUCUGCGGCAUUCUCCUGCGAACGCCGGAGGUCAGCCAUCAGCAGAAGAAAUCCGCCAUCAACUCGGCCAUUGGAAACUGCGCAACGGUUCUUCCCAUCCUGGUGUUUCAGGUUCUGCUCGCCGACAAGCUGGACAAUGAAAAUUUGGACUGGCCGUUCAUCGGCGUCGCCGGACCGCUUUUACUGUCUCUGUUUGUACUCAUUCUUCUCAGUUUCAACGCCAAAGGUGGCAACAAGUGGUGGUUCGGCAUUCGGAAGAGCUUCUGCCAGUUCCUGCUGAGCGUGCUGCCCUGCCUGCAGGAGUACGGUAACAUAUCAUAUCACACGGAAAGUGCGGCCGCCGCCGGCCAGAACGUGCCGCUGGACACGGCCGCCGUCGCCCAGCUGGACGAGUUUGAAAAGUUCGACAAAAAGAGCAAGAAAGCCCUGAGCAAAAAGAACGACCACCUCAAACCGGUGGUGCCGAUCAUCAGCAUCGAUCUGCCCGACUAGGUCUGGUCCCGGAAGGCCGACAGGAACUACUUUCGCCAACACUUUUUUCCACCCCGCACGAGCCUCGUGCAAAUUUGCUGCGGGUCUCAAGCUGCGAAAAACCUUGCGAGAUUAAUAAUUUGGGCUUAUACAGAGAGCGAGCGGUCGCGCGGCAAUAUCCAAACUCUCUAAAUGUGAUUGAUAAUAACUUUCCCAUUCAUUCGGAUUCAAUUCGCCAUAUUAUUUCAUAUCUUUGAACAAACGAAUUCUUUUCAUCUUGAACUCUUUUUUAUACAAAAAUAUUAUUUAGUCGCAACCUACUUACGGGUUGCUUAUUAUACCUACAAAAAAAAAUAACCCUUACAAAUAAGCUGCAGUUAUCCUAUUUAUUUAACAGUGCAACCUACUCGGGUUGUGUUAGACAUUAGCUAAACAAAUGUUUAAACAAAAAAAAGAACGCAAAUUUUCAUCCACAAUUUUCGCGCCGCAUUCUGAAGAACGUCACCUUAUAACAGUUAGAAAAUUGGCAGUUACCAGCAAAAGUUAGCCGCAUUGUUUAAUAAGGACAAUACAUUAGUUUCGUUUUUCUUUUAAACAAGUGACUAGUUGAAACAAGGCGGCAACAAGAAUUUCGUAGUGAUCGGUAGCUUUUUUAGAGCAGACAAUUGUUGUGUAUUUAAACGACAGAAUCGCAAAGUUUUGAAA